AUGACUGAAAUUCUUUACCUUAGCUUGGCUGCGAGAGCUUGGCUGCGAGAGAGGUGGUUGAUGAAUGUGAGAGGGAUACCUGGAUUGGACGAAUCUUACUUGCCCAGAUACAUAGGAUAUGGAUUUGGGGCGCUCUUAGUGUUAAAUCAUUUUCUGGGCUCCGAUUCUUCAUCCAUCACUCCAGCUCAGCUCAGGACGGAGGCAUUAGGACUUUCUCUUGCAUCGUUUUCUGCAGUUGUGCCGUAUCUUGGAAAAUUUCUCAAGGGGGCUACUCCAACAACUCAAAAAAACAUCCCUGAAGGUGUUGAGCAAAUCUUUGUCAUGUCACUGGAUAUUGCUGCUGACUUGAAGAAAGAUUUGGCUUGGGGAACAUACGUCUUGUUGCGUAAUACAAACUCAAUAUCAGUGAAAGUAAAUGCUUCCUUUAUCCUCACUGAAUCUAGUUUACAAAUGGUCAAACAUUUCUCAUUAGUUGCAUUGGUGAAAUGCGUAAAUAAUUCAGAUUCGGAAUUGAAGGAGAUGGUUCCCGUGGGGACUAGGUCUCUCCUUGUCCAACCUAUUCGAGAAGCUUGUGAAUUAAGCUCCAGUCAAACAGGGAUGAGGAAGGGUUUCAUCCUGUUGGCUUCUGGAAUCGACUAUGCAUUUACUGAUAAAGACAAAGCAUGGAUAGCUUCCAUUGCCAACAAAUUUAGUGAAAACGUGGAAUGUGUUCCGUGAGAGACAGAAAUCAAGAUUCAGGCACAAUAUGAAGUCCAUUGAUGCUUGGUUUCUACAACACCUUCUCCAAACCAUACACCAGAUUCUGCAUAAACACAGGUAAAAAUUUAAAUCGUAGAUGCUUUCCUAAGAUGCUAACAAAGUAUACGUUUU